GGCGGCUGGAGGGGGGGGGGGCAGCAGCCACGAAUCCUACCCCACCGGCCAUCACAGACACGACUACCACCACCUCAGUGACAGUGGCAGCGACUUUUCUUUCUGUCUGUCGAUCUCUCUCUCCUCGGUGACGCCCGCCAGUCGCAGCGCGCAGCGUGGACGAGACCGAGACGUCUCGAAGACGGUCGACCGUCGUCUUCAUCACAAACACCAUUUCCACCUUGAGCGCGUGGGCGUGGAUGUGUCUCUCGGCAGGGCGCAAAGCCGAAACUCGUAUCCUGAUUCUCGAACGUCUUUUUUUGGCAUGUCAUCUCUGCCGCCAAACCCGCCUGAAAAGGGCAGGUUGCGGAGGAAUAGUAGGGAAUCGAGGCUGUCACGCCGGCAGAAGCUGGUGCUGGCUGCCGUGGCCGCCGUGUUGAUCAUCGUCCUGAUUGUCGGCCUCGGCCUCGGCCUCGGUCUGAGGAACCGGGGCGGCGGCGGAGGAGACGACGAUUCACUACCACCGGCUCCUCAACCCACCGCCAUCUGGCAGCCCAAGGUCAACACGUCAUGGCAGAUCAUCCUCAACGCGAAGCUCGACAUUGACCCCAACAACCCUGCUGUCGAACCCGACGUCGACGUGUACGACAUUGACAUGUUCAUGCACCAAAACUCGCGCGCCGUGUCGAGUCUGCACAAGCUCAACAAGAAGGUCAUCUGCUACUUCAGCGCCGGGUCCUACGAGAAGAACCGUCCUGACUCGUCCAAGUUCCCCGAGGAGGACAUCGGCCUUGUCCUGGAUGGGUGGCCGGACGAGAGAUGGCUCAACAUCAGCAGCCCGGCGAUCAGGGAGAUCAUGGUCGGCCGCAUCGAAAUCGCCAGCAGGAUGGGCUGCGACGCUGUCGAUCCUGACAAUGUCGAUGGGUACCAGAACGAGAACGGGAUGGACCUGACACCGGAGGAUUCUGUCUCCUUCAUGACCUUCCUCGCCGACGAGGCUCACAAGCGCAACAUGGCCAUCGGCCUCAAGAACGCCGGCGACAUUGUCAAGACGAUGUUGCCGCGGAUGCAGUUUGCCGUCAACGAGGAGUGCGCCGAGUUCAACGACUGCAGGACCUUCUCUCAGUUUGUCGACGCGGGCAAGCCUGUGUUCCACAUUGAGUACCCCGAAGGAGCUCCGUUCAACACCAACGCCGAGCAAAAGCAGGCGUACUGCAAUGCCCCAGGCGCGAAUGGGUUCAGCACCAUUCUCAAGGGGAUGAACCUCAAUUUUGGGGCUGAAUCAAAAGAGCUGCAAUAG